AUGAGUAUAGACGAUUCGACGCCAAGCGAGAGCGUGCUCGAAAGUCAAACGCCAGAUCGCGUUGACGAAUCAAUCAUCAAAGCCGGAGAUGCCGAGAAGGAUGAAGCCCCACGCCGGGAAAUCGUAGGCUUCCGCUGGCUGCUCGUCUGCAUUGCCGUCUUCUCUGCCAACCUGCUCUAUGGCUUGGACAACACUAUCGUGGCAGAUAUCCAGGGUCCCAUUGCGGGUGACUUUGACGAGUACACUCGGCUGGGUUGGCUCGGUGUGGGCUUUACCUUGGGAUCAGUUGUUUUUAUUCUCCCGCUGGGCAAAGCUUACGCCAUCUUCGAUACGAAAUGGCUCUUCCUUGGCUGUUUGACCAUGUUUGCCGCCGGUAGUGCGCUCUGCGGCGCUGCCCCCAGUAUGAAUGCCAUCAUUAUCGGGCGCGUGUGGGCGGGUGCCGGAGGAGCGGGCAUGUAUCUUGGAAAUCUGAAUCUGAUCACCAUCCUGACCACCCCCACGGAGCAGCCCGUGUAUGUGGGCUUGGUUGGCUUGAUUUACGGCACCGGCUGUAUUUUGGGUCCCAUCAUUGGCGGUGCCUUCUCCGACAGCUCGGCCACCUGGCGAUGGUCAUUCUAUCUCAAUCUGGUCAUCUUUGGAGUCAUGUCACCCAUCUAUGUAUUCCUCCUGCCCUCCUUGCCACGCCCUGCAGGUGAAGGCCGCAGCUUCAUCAAGAAGCUCGUGGAGCUCGACUGGGUGGGCACGGUCCUGUCCGCAGGCAUGCAUAUCUCCAUUAUCCUGUUCAUCGUAUUUGGCGGUGUCGAAUGGUCCUGGACGGAUGGACGGAACAUCGCGCUGUACGUGGUCGCUGCCGUCUGCACCAUUGCCUUCGUGCUCAGUCAGUACUUUUGUGUGGGGACCAACAAAGAGAACCGCUUGUUCCCCGGCGAGUUCUUGCGGGACCCCACGAUGAUCCUCCUCUACAUCAUCAUGGCCUGUGGUGGUGCCUCCCUCUUCGUUGCGGUUUAUUACAUCCCGCUCUACUUCCAGUUCGUCCACGGCGACUCCGGCAUCAUGUCAGCCGUGCGGUUGUUGCCGUUCGUCUGCUUCUACGUGGCUACCAUUCUGCUGUGUGGUUAUGUCAUGCCCAAAACCGGCUUCUUCAUCCUCUGGUACCUGGUGAGCGGGAUCUUUAUGCUCAUUGGAUCCGUGUUGAUGUACACGGUGAAAUUGGAUACCAGUGCCUCCAACGUCUACGGGUACUCCAUCCUGAUGGGACUGGGUAUGACCACCACACAGGCCGCCUACGCGGUGGGACCGGCUAUUGUGACCCCCGACCGCGUUGCGGAGUGCCUCCAGUUCAUGAACAUCGGCCAGGGCCAGAGUCAGCUGCUGGGAUUGGCUAUCGCAAGUGCCAUUUUCCAAACCAAGACCCUCAACGGGCUCACUGCUCUGCUGGGGAAUAAGGGAUACUCACAUGCGGACAUCCAAGGUGCCGUUGCCGGCGCCCGGAGUACUCUGAUGGAACGGCUGCCCCUGGCCUUGAAGAAUGAAGCUCUGGAGGUGAUUGUCAGUUCGAUUAGUGAUGUCUACGUGAUGGCGAUUUCGGCGGGUGCUCUGUACGUGGUUGCAUCCUGCCUGCUGCCUCGCCGUCGGUUCUAG